AUGCUCGCCAACUUUCAUAAUCCCCGACGGCUGAAGACGCCCUUCAUCGCCAUUGUCGUCUUCAUCCUCAUCACAGGCUUCUUUCUCCUCUUCCACCAGCCACUAGUCCAGUACUUCGUCACGCCAUGGACGCCAGAACAGUAUGGCGGCAGCUGGAUGAACGCGUCAUCACCCAAUUGGAUCCAACCAGCACUCACCGAGGGAAUGCCAGAUAAGUCUGACGACGCGGGGCGAUUCGUCCAGGCUAUUCUGGAUCCCAAGAAUGGAGGGUACCCCAUCGUCAACUGCCCGUCACCAAACGUGACGCGGUACGGCGUUCUCAAGCCCACCGAAAAUACCGACAAGCGUCACUUCUUCUUCGCCCUCGAUCUGCGCCAGGUUAUCGACCUGCUUCCUCAGCUUAUCGGUGCCGUUCUCGAAGCUGUCAAUAUCAUCGGUCCCGAGAACUGCGCGAUCUCGAUUGUGGAAGGCAUCUCCACAGACGGAACUUACGAGACCCUCUACCGCUUGAAGGCGCACCUCGACAAGAUGGGCAUAGCGUACCACCUGCAGACGAGCAACAUCGACUCUCACAGCGGCGACCGCAUCGGCAAGCUUGCCAAACUGCGCAACCUGGCCCUCGAGCCCAUGAUGGCGGAGGCUGACAAGUACGACCCAAAGGCCACGAUCGUGUUCCUGAACGACGUUGCGGCCUGCACGGAGGACAUCCUGGAACUCGCCUACCAGAAGCAAACUCAAGGCGCCGACAUGACCUGCGCCAUGGACUACCAUUUCCUGAGAUUUGCGCCGCAUAAUGGCGAGCCAUCUUUUUACGAUUCUUGGAUCUCUCGCGGCAUCAACGGCGACACCUUCUUGCCCAUUCCCGAUCGAACGCCAAAGGGCGAGCAGUGGAGCGACGUUGCGAACAUGUUCUGGAACGAGCCCUACUCCCAAGACCGGUACCUCAGCCGCAAGCCUCUGCAGGUCUUUGCUUGCUGGAACGGGGGCGUUGCAAUGACGGGCGAGCCAUUCCUCAGCAAGAAGCUCGACUUCAGGAGGUCAUACCCGGGCGAGUGCCACACCGGCGAGCCCACGCUACUGUGCAAGGACCUGUGGAACUUGGGCCACGGCAAAAUCGCUGUCGUGCCCAGCGUCAGUCUGGCGUACAACGUCAAAGACGGAAGGCUGAUUAAAGAAGAGAGGGGUUUCGCGAGCACGUGGGUUGCCAUUGAGCACAUGGGCGAGACCGCCAACAUCACCUGGCAGGUCGAGCCGCCUGAGAUGGUCAAGUGUAUGCCGACGUUCCGCAACCAGUUCUGGCGGCCAUGGAACGAAGGCUUGUAG